CCAAGGGAAGCCUCCACUACACCCAUCUCCUGAGAAUGCAGGACAGCGGCUGCGAGAUCCUGCGAGGAAGAACAGUGUGGAGACUGAAGGAGCGAUUCUCUUCCUCAUCUUAGACGCGCCUCCAAUGAUACAAAUAAUCUCUCGAACAAAAGAAACAAAGGUGAUUAUCAGUGACAAUGUCUGGCCUGGGCUUCAUCACGGCGGGGCACGGGCGGAGCCUUGGCGGCGACUUGAAGUCGGUGUUGUACGUACUGUCGUGCUCGAACCGCCGGUCGAGCGGCUCCGCCAGCGCGUUCUUGAGCUGCCUCCCGCGCAGCGGCGACUCUACGCCGGGAUCCCGGAACUUAUCCAUGUAAGUCGUCCGCGCAUUGAAUCGACCACCCAGCUUCCCCAGCGCCGACGCGAUGUUAUCGGGUGUGGGCUUCUCGGGCAGCCUGCGGGGGACGAAGCCGGGGCCGUAGUUCUUCUCGUUGUAGAACUCGAGCCGCUUGGUGGGCUUGUUGGUCACGUCCCAGAAGCUGGUGCUGUAAGUGGUGAGGCCGGAGAAGGCCCCCGGGGGAUCAAAGCCGGUUGGAUCGGUGAGGAGGCGAUUGGGAGCGCGCUUGUGGAUCGGCCACCAGCGGUAGUCGCUGGCUUGGGUGGUGGAUCCGGAGAAGGAUGGCUGGUCGCGGUGGGGUGGUGGGAAGGCGAUUGGAUUCCUGGGACGAGCGUGGAAGUCGCGGAAGUUUGCGCUGUAGUCGGUGUUGGCGUUGGUGUAAGUGCCGCUGGGGAGGCAGCCGUCGAGAGUCUUGCCUGUGCCGACCGUGCGUGGGUUGCCCGAGAGGGGCUUGGCGGAGUAGAAGUGGGCGUAGGUGGUGGCGUCGGUGAGGCGGGCGUGGCGGGGGUCUGCCGGGGAGAUGUUGCGCGGGCGGGGGAUGCGUGUUGUGGUGGACGGCGAUGGCGGGCAUGAGGAGUCUCGGCGUGGAUGGCAGAGCGUGGUGUGCUUGCCGCAGGUGCACACGGUACACAUGCAUAGUUUGCACCAUUGUGGUUGUGAUUCCUGGAAGGAAAGAUCCGGGAUUUCUCGCGGAAGUGUUAGUGAGAAGGGGGAUCUUGAGAAUCGAGAAGGGACGCCGCUAGAUAUUCUCACCGGAUAGAUGAUCGAUCGACAAGAAGGGGAAAGAUCGAGAA